GGUUUGGGAUUGCGCAAGCCAAUCAGAUCCUCCUUUCUUUCUACUGGUAAUGGCCGCUACCAGGAAGGGCGACCGGAAGGCUUCCAAGACCUCAAAGUUAGCCGAAGAAGGAAAGAAAACAGAUUCCCCCAGGGUCAUCUGAUCAGUAAUGACUGGGAACAUGGCCACCACCAGGAAUGCUUCACAGCUCUUUUUGGUAUUUUUUUUGUUGCUUUUUUGCCUGCCUGUAGUGGAAGCUUUAGAUAUGAGUGAUGCAUUAGCUUUGUUGCUAGGUGUGGCUCUUAGUUGUGUUGGAUUCUGUGCCUGCCUCGGUCUAUAUGCAAGAAGACGACAUGGAGAGCAAUGACUUUAAGUCCAAAAUGUCCAGAUGAAGUGCAACUGUCCUGAUGGAUGUUUUUGCAAUUAAGGAAGUUUCAAGAUGUUCUGCAACUCAUUAAAUUUUUAUUUCCAUGAACUGCUUAAGAAGAAAGACCAUUCAUAAUGGGAAGACUGUGGAGAAAGCUGCCUCAAAUUCAUAAGAACAUUUUAUAUGUAAUUAAGAUGUUGCCUUAAAAGAGAAUGCAACUGGUUUUCAAUUGCAUAAGGAAAAGCACUAAUAAAAGUGAGGUGCAACAGGAAAUAUAAGGGGUAAAAGAGAAGAUAUAGUUUUCAUUCAAAUGAUAUACAGAAAAUAUACGACAUAGGAAACUUAAUUAAAUUAGAUAUGAUUUUUUUUCUUCUAAUGAAACAUUUCUCUAUUUAAUCUUUUUCCAAAUUAAACCAAAGUAUUUUGUAGUAAGGUCAAGUUGCUGUGUACCAUCCAAUGUUUUGUUGUUUUCAUCUGAUUACAAUUUAUGUUACAGUUAAAGCUGAAAGUUAGGCCACUGUCUCCUUAAAGCAUUGCAGAUAUUCAAAUAUAGCAGUAUGUAAUCCAGUGCCAUCAAAUGUUUAGUUUAUAACUCCCAUAAUCGCUGACCAUCAGUCAAUUGAUUUAUGAGAAUUGUAAUCUAAAAUAUGGUAGCAGAGUCAUGGGUUGGUGGGAAGGAGAGAUGCCAGAUUUUCCUACUUGUAGAAAUGGACACAGCCAUUCUUGCCCAUGCAGGCAUGAAUACAUAGGAACCUUGACUUUUUUUUUCUAGUGUGCUUUCUAUUCAUUUUAGUAGAACUUGCAGAAAUGUUCCUCAUAGAUUAACUUUUAUGAUUUCUCAGUUGUACUACAGAAGAAUUGCUGGGAACAAUAUUUAAAUGACCAAACCUUUUCUAUACAGUAUAUAUCUCCUCACUUGUAUUGUUUGCACACUUUUUAAUAAAUUGUGAAACUUUCACUAUUUCAAAAUAAUGAAUGAGAUAAAGGAUUAAUGAGAAUUGAACAGUAAUUUAUUCUUGGUCUUCCAGUGUAACUAAAUAAACUCUAAAAGGAGGUUAACUUAAUAACCUCCAUGCUCUUUAACACGCCCUUUGCUGCUGUGGUUUAAUUCACCCAUGAUUAAAGAUUAGAUAUUGAAAAUGUGCCUAAAUUUAACAAAAACUUUGUUGAAGCUCAUGUUAAAACAAUUUUAUUAUAAUUCAGGUUUGGUAGUAAGAAUAAUGUAGAAAUUUUCUUAACAUGCAUGUACAGACCCAUUAUAAGAGUGUUACCACAAAUGGUUUAAAAAUAUUGUAAUAUUUGGCAUAAAUAUUAAAUAUGAUAUUCAAAAGAGAUAGCAGAAAUAUACUAUUCUAAUGUACUUUAAAGGCAUUUUCCCUAUAACCCAUGCACAAUCUAUAUGUUCAUCCUGUAUUGGACCCUGCUGCAGAUAUUUACCUUCUUAAAUUAUAAAAUAUUUUAAAAUUUUCUAAAAAUGUUUAGGUAAAAAGCUGCAAGUAAUAUCUCACAAGGGAUUGAAUUCCAACAUGUGAAUCUUAAAAUUAGAAGGGGUUGGGAUACUUCAGUGUGAAGUAUUGAUGUCCAGCCAACUUAAAGUAGAUCCAAAGGUACAUUUAGGACAUCAAGAUUGUAGGCAGCUGAAUACCAAAGCCUAAUUUUAAAGUAUUUUUAGCCAUCAGAAAGAAACCAAGAGAAGAAAAGGUAGAGCCCAUUGCCAUUGAUUGGUAAGGUGGUGAUGCAUGUGGAUGGUAGUGAAAUAAGAGGAGUGCCAUGGAGAAACCACAUAUUGGGAAGAAGUAGAGAAUGCAGAGCUUGGGGCAAUCCAGUAGGAUGAGUAGAAGAUUGGAGAAUACGGUUGGAAACUAAAAAAAAACAAUGGGAUAGUUGGAAUUCUACAGAUGAAACUUGGGAAAGCAUAAUAUGUGAUUGUACUUGAAGGGGAGGAGAAAAUUAGAAGAGGGUGAUUCUAAAGAAAAUUGUAACUGUAAUUACAGUUUUGGCUCUUAAAAAAAUUCCUAGAAGUUAAAGACAGGAAUACUGAAUCAGUUGACUGGGUUUGAAGGAGAACAUUUGCAUGUUGAAGCUAAGCUUUACUGUACAAGAUUAUUAAAAAGAUUUCAACAAGUCAUCUGUGGUACUUUGAAAUUCCAAAUAUGCCCACAAGUUUGCAACUUCUAAUUUUAUAAUAUUGUUAGCCAGACUAUGAGUAUCUGGAUUCUGAUAGGAAUAUGGAAAUUAUCAAAAGGAAAUUGCUGGAAAUACUUUCAUAUAACUGAUUUCAAGUUGAAAAACAUUUUUCCUUUUCAGCAACUCUUCCUUGCCAAAAAUACUUGACAAAUGUUACUCCCUUUGAAACAAAUGGUAAACAGAUUUUGACGUUUUCUAAUAUUUGGCAAUAUUAUACAUGGAAUCACUUGGAGUAAAAUUCAUUUGGAAUAUUGUGUGGCAAUAUAUAGAUUAAAUUUAAAGUUACCCCAUCAAAUCAAAUCCACCCUCUUCACCCUGUCUUACUGCAUAUAUUAUAUUAGUAGUUCUGCAGUAUGUGCUUUAUUGUAGUAAUAAAUAUACAACAUUGGUCAUUGAAAGAUAUUCAGUAUUUUGAGAUUUAGAGCUGUAUCUACAAGAGGCUCAAACUCUGAUGCACUUCCAAUAUGAGGGAAUAUUAGUUAUGCCAGAUGCCAAAAAUAAAUUAUUAACAUUACGGUUAUCUUCUCAUUUUGGACAUGUUUUUUUUAAUUUGUGGCUGAUGUUUAAAAUACAAGGAAAUAAAUUUUUUGAAAUAU